CGAAUAUCCCGCUCGAUUCUCCUCCUCCUAGGUUGAUCGCGGCGAUGACGAUGGCGCUCGACGGCUAUGGCGCUCCUCCAGAAAAAUGUUUCUAGGAAGGACGGUUGCUCUUGGCUCUUCCUCCUCGUCUAGUGUGGAGAAUCGCAACUAAGGUAAGUAUCAUUCCCUCCACUGCAAGGGAGAAUGGCCGAGGAUGAUCCGGACAGAGAUGAUGAGUGGUUUAACGAGGUGUAUGGAAAGGAAUACACUGGGCCUCUCUCGAGAGCUCGCCAGGCACAAGAGCCCGAGAGAAAGAAGCCAGCAGCAGCACAGGUGGAAACCUCGGACGAGGAGGAAGAAGGGCCUCGCGAUCCAAACGCCGUGCCCACGGAUUUUACUAGCCGAGAAGCCAAAGUCUGGGAGGCCAAGGCCAAGGCCAUAGAAAGGAACUGGAAACGUAGGAAGGAAGAAGAGCUCCACUGCAAGAUAUGUGGCGAGGCUGGCCACUUUGCUCAGGGAUGCCCGACAACUCUGGGUGGAAGCCGAAAGUCUGGAGAGAUUGUGGAGAGGGUGGCACUCAAGGACAAGCGUAUCAAGCCUCGUCUCAUAGGAACGGGAGGGAGUGUGAUCCAGGGGAUUGAAAAGGAUACCGGAUGCCGGCUUAAGCUCGUGGACAACCAGGGAGAUGGUCACGGGGUCUUCUUCGUUCGUGUUUCGGGGCCGGACAGGCUAGCAGUAUCCAAGGCAGUGACUGCGGUGAAGAAGGUUACCGAGCAGUUUGAUAGCGAGUGGAGCCAAAACUCGAGAGGGAGAAACGCGAAAGGCUCGAAUUCUCUGGCUGGUGGACAGCUAGAGCACGUCCAGAGGCUCCAACAACACCCUUCCAAUGGUGGAGCCUUGCAAGCGGAAGAUUUAGAAUGGGGAAAUCUCCAAGUGCAAGUCCAAGUCCAAGGUCGAUCUGCAAAGGCUCCCCGGGACGAGUAUUUUCGAAGUCGCAGUCUAGAAAACGGACCAUACUGUUCUGCGAGGCUGUACGAACAGGAAGUCAAGAGUCCCGAGACUCUGGAUGAGCUCGAGCAGUGUUUCUUGCAAGAGGCGAUGGAGCUGAGCAAGGAGCAAAGCGCUGAGGAAGACAGAGAGCUAGCAAGGCACCGAGAGUGCCUCCGUGGGAUUCAAGAGCAGUAUCAGCAAAAGAUGAUGAACUUGAGGACCAAGCAGAGCCGUCGAAGGGACGAGUUUUUGCAUCACGAGAUUCACAUUCGUCAGCAGUACUACCAGCAGUCACCAGCGGGCUAUCUUCCGGACGGAGCACAGUGUGGUGGUGGCGGAGGCUACGCUUCGUAUGGCUACGACUAUCCUCCUCCUCCAACGCAGCACAGGAAAGCAGUGACUCAGAGGGCGUUUGAUUACGCCACGGCUGCUUCUUACGGCCGAGCGCGGGGCAUUUGCAAGAGGAAAGUCACGGCCUUCGACGAUUAACAGGUUCUUUCUUCUCUUUUUUUUUUCAGUUGAUGAGAAACGCUACAUUUUUUCAACACAACAAAUUAUUCCAGAAGAUGCCUGGAUUUAAGAAUA